UUGUGGAGGAGACAGACACAAGUGAUGAGCUGUGGAAUUGACUUGGCAAAUGACUCCACCAGAAAGGAGUGAGAAAUGACAAAUGACCAGCUGGUGGCAUUUCUCUCCCGAUACCGAGAUAUGAAUUUCUUGAAGUCACACGGCCGGGACAAUGCAAGGUUCAUCCGGAAACAGGGCCUGGACCGGCUCUUUCUGGAGUGUGAUGCCCACAUGUGGCGCCUGGGGGACCGGCGGAUCCCAGAGGGCAUUGCCGUGGAUGGCGGCUCAGAUUGGUUCCUGCUAAACCGGAAGUUUGUUGAGUAUGUGACGUUCUCCACAGACGAUCUAGUGACAAAAAUGAAGCAAUUCUACUCCUACACCCUGCUUCCUGCAGAGUCCUUCUUCCACACGGUCCUGGAGAACAGUCCCCACUGCGACACCAUGGUGGACAACAACCUGCGCAUCACCAACUGGAACCGCAAGCUGGGCUGCAAGUGCCAGUACAAGCACAUCGUGGACUGGUGCGGCUGCUCCCCCAACGACUUCAAGCCGCAGGACUUCCACCGCUUCCAGCAGACAGCCCGGCCCACCUUCUUUGCCCGCAAGUUCGAAGCCGUGGUGAAUCAGGAAAUCAUUGGACAGCUGGACUAUUACCUGUAUGGGAACUACCCCGCGGGCACCCCGGGCCUCCGCUCCUACUGGGAGAAUGUCUACGAUGAGCCUGACGGCAUCCACAGCCUGAGCGACGUGACACUGACCUUGUAUCAUUCCUUCUCCCGCCUGGGCCUCCGCCGGGCAGAGCUGUUGCUGCACGAUGCCGGGGAGAACAGCUGCAGGUACUAUCCAAUGGGCCACCCAGCCUCUGUCCACCUCUACUUCCUUGCUGACCGUUUCCAGGGCUUUCUGAUCAAGCAUCAUGCUACCAAUCUGGCCGUGAGCAAACUCGAGACCCUGGAGACAUGGGUGAUGCCAAAGAAAGUCUUCAAGAUCGCCAGCCCACCCAGCGACUUUGGCAGGCUUCAGUUUUCUGAGGUCGGCACUGACUGGGAUGCCAAGGAACGGCUCUUUCGCAACUUUGGGGGUCUCCUGGGGCCCAUGGACGAGCCAGUAGGCAUGCAGAAAUGGGGGAAGGGCCCCAACGUGACUGUGACUGUCGUCUGGGUGGAUCCCGUCAACAUCAUCGCAGCCACCUAUGACAUCCUGAUUGAGUCCACUGCCGAAUUCACCCACUACAAGCCCCCUUUGAACUUGCCCCUGAGGCCUGGGGUCUGGACAGUGAAAAUUCUCCACCACUGGGUGCCAGUCGCAGAAACCAAAUUCCUCGUCGCACCUCUGACCUUCUCAAACAGGCAGCCCAUCAAACUGGAGGAGGCGUUGAGGCUGCACAGCGGACCCCUCCGCAGCGCCUACAUGGAGCAGAGCUUCCAGAGCCUGAACCCCGUCCUCAGCCUGCCCAUCAACCCCGCCCAGGUAGAGCAGGCUCGGAGGAACGCCGCGUCCGCCGGUGCCGCACUGGAGCGCUGGCUGGACUCGCUGGUGGGUGGGAUGUGGACCGCCAUGGACAUCUGUGCCACAGGCCCCACCGUCUGCCCGGUCGUGCAGACCUGCAGCCAGACGGCCUGGAGCUCCUUCAGCCCUGACCCCAAGUCAGAGCUGGGCGCGGUCAAACCCGACGGCCGGCUCAGGUAGCACUGGGCACGUGGGGGCCCCAGCGGAUCUCAAAGGGGAAGCAGCCAGGGGGCCAGUGGGAGCCGGACCCUGGCCCCCCACCCCCGGGGGGUGCCUUUUGGGAGCGGGGCUCUCCUGGCCAUCGAAUGACGGAGAGGGAAGGUUUGGAGGCCGAAGCAGGUUCUGCCAGCCACCUGCCCCCAGCCGGCCGGCUCCCGGGGGUGGGGAUGGCUCAGUCCCAGCGCCGUGGUGGUCUUACCUCUUCUGGUUGAUCCUCGCGUGCUACAGGUUCCUUGUCUUCCCCCUCAAUGACCUGACCCCCACCCCCACCCCGCCCAGACGAGUGAUUCCAAAACUUUUAUUUUGAGCAGCAGAGCUUUGUUUACUAAGUCGUAGGCGGAGGGAGGUUCAGGGUGAGGAUGAAAUCCAGGCUGCCUUGGUUGAAGCUGCGAGUGUGAGAUUCUUUCUCAAAGCUCAGCCCACCAGGCAGUCCCUUGCCAAGGGCGUCUCCUAAGGUACCUCUUCAGAACCCAAGGGCUCUGCCAAACCUAGUUUGAAAAGCACUGCCCAGAGGGUGGGUUUGAUCUCCAGCCCCGCCCUUCAGCUCCUCUUCCUGCUUCUCUGGGCCAGGAAACCCUUUUGCCAGCCCUGAAGUGACAGGACGUUAAAGUCACGCUCGUGGGCCCGUCCCCAGGGAGGUAGCGGGCUUGGCAGGGCCUCCCACCAGCCCUUCUCAGGUUCAGCCGUCCUCCUUAGUAACUAGAUGAGCCGGAGAGCCUUCUGAUGUGCCAUGGCCAAGGUCCACCCAAAGUGUGACUGCCAGACAUCCAGGCCAGCCUCCCUCGAGGCAGAAAUUGGGCAAUGCUCAUGAGCAUGCGGGUCAAGCCCCCAGCCGUCCAUGGGCGAGGAGACCGAGACCGUGACCCCUCUGGGCCUUGACAGUGGGAACUUCGGGGACCAUGGCCACGAAACCAUAGACGUCCUUGGGAGCAAAGCUCCUGAGCUGGUCAGCACAGCAAUACCUGCCACGUGCCUGAGCCCUUUGUUCUGAGGUCAGGCGUUUGGAACAUGUGUGAAGCGCACACUCGGUGCUGCUGCGAGCGACCAAACCGCAUGGAACAGCCUUUUCACGGCCAGGAAAAAGCAUUCCAGAUUUGGUUUUUAAAUUCAUGCCCUUUCUUAUCCAAGGUGCCAACAGGCCCAUCUGACACACGGUGUGAAAGUGGGAAGCUUGAGUAUCUGGUUGUUUGAAACCGAAAGAACAGUGUUAUUCAAAUUGCUUGAGUUACUAGAAACCCAAAGGGUUUCCUUGCCAUGUGUACAUCGGAGGGCUGCCCUGCUCAUCCGGAGACCCCUCCCCAGAAGCCCCCUCCUCCGCUGAUCCCACCCUCCCCCCAAGGACAGGGUUCUCUUGGAAAGAGCUGGUCCUUGUCGAUUUCCCUCCUGAGUGGGUUUGAAGGUACCGCCGUUUGCUCCUAGUGACCUGUCAGCUGUCGCCCCUACUCGCACCCCCGGCCCAGCAAGGCAGAAUGUCCUACGGGCCAUGGAGGAUAUAGAGAAGGGACACUUUAGAUAUUUAUUAUUUAUAUGUUUUAGUCAAUGACUAAUUAGUAGGUGCUGUUUUUGCAGCUUGUCAAUUACGUUAUCUUACUAACUGAAGCUGCCUUUAUUCACAAAAGGCCCCCUCCCCCCUUCCACUCCCUCCCCUCUCAUCCCCCAGCCCCUCAUGUCUGUCUCUUUCUGUCUCUCUGCUGCUUUAUCUAUCUAUCUAUCUAUCAUCUCUGUCUCUGUCUGCCCUGCGUUCUCCGUGUCCUCAGUGGGAAGCAGGGGACUUGGACACCAUGAGGAGAACGCCUCAACCAGCAUCAUCCGCUGGCCGGAAGUGGGGGGCCCUUGGGAACAGUGGCGCCUCGCUCUUCCUCAUGCAGGGUGUUAGCGUGACUCAGCCCUCCCUCCGGCUCUGGGGGUGUUGGAAUUCCUGAGCCAUCCGCCCCCGCCCCCCUCCGCCGGCACAGGGAUGCGGCAGGCCAGCCACUUGCGAAGGGAGGCUGUGCCGGCUGCUGCGGAGCCUGGGGCGUCCCCGCUUCCUCCCUCGCUGCCCUCCCGCGACCAGUCUAACCGUGGGCCUCCAUGUGAGGGAAAGCAGGCUCCCUCCACGCCCUGGAGGAAAAGAGAUCUAAUUUAGGAAGAUGGUAGGGGGGUCAGACCCGGCCAGGAGAGCCCAGGAGCUGGCCCAGUGUUUCCAGGGACCUCGGCGUGGCUUUCUCAGAAAGCCCACGUGAGCUCCACAUGGUUUCGCAAGUUCUGUGGGAGCCAAGAGGCCCGUGUCACAUCCACUUUCUGCCCCCGGCCUCUGCCUCUGGCCAGGGCCUCCCUGAGCCUGUGGAAGCUGCCCGGGGAGCUGCCCUUUAACCCUCCUCGCCACUAGGGCCCUGUGUGUCAUUUGUGAUGGUUUUGGGGGCUCUGCCCUGGCACGUCCCUGCGCACCCAUGGGCCUGCAGACUCCUCGACGGGGCCCCUCCUGCACCCUGACAUUGCUGACUCCUGUUCCAUCUGGGAACAAGUGGAGAAAUGGCAGAGCUGGCUUACUCUGGGGACGGUCCCCACCCCCCCACCCCAGCCCAGGCCCCAUUCCCUACUCACUGCCAGGAGACUGGGCAGCUGAGGAAGCUCAUGGGAUGUUCCUCAACCUCCUCUGUUUUUGAACCAGAGAAUCACUUGGAAGAUGUUACAUUUGGCUUUAAGGAAAAAAGGGAGCAUUUCAAACAAAGCCCAGGAUGAUUUGAGCAAAGGUGAUGUUUUCCCAGGGGAAAUAGUUUAACUCAUUUUUGUAAUCUACCUGAGGAUGAUUUAUUAGUUAGAGGCCAUUGGUCAGGCAACCUUGAGCUGUGGCUGCCUGAGGGUUUCAAAACCUGAGAACGUGGUCUCUGGAAAUCCUGUUAAAGAAGCAGAGUGACUGUGGGCUGAGUCACUGACCAGGUCCUCGGACUUCAGGAGGGCUUAGAGGUGGGACGUGGGUUUGGGGGAGAAGGACGCAUUGAAUAAGCUGCGAUGUUCUAUCCAAUUUCCCAUUCACCCCUGUGACAUUCGGGUGGAAACCAAAAGAUCCCUUUCGUAGCCAAGUUCACUGGGGACUCAGGACACGCUCCUCCAGCAGCACCCAAGGGGGCUAUGCUAGAAACAAACAGCUGUUGGCAAAUACCCGCCAGAUCGAAGCCACACCCUCUGGCAGGGGUUACAAGUGGCUGUAGGGUCCAGAACACUAGCAUAGAUGAGUGACGCAGUUGGUGUAAGACAUUAGGGAGUGGUGGGUACUGUAGCCUGCAGCGUGCACAUGACACAGACAAAAAACUACAGCUGCACCUCAGCUCCAGCCUGAGUUGCAUGUGAGAAUACGGGCACAGUGCAGCAGAAUCAUCUAAUUUGAUGAUAAGGGAAGCUAGGCUUGUCCUGGUGGGGGAGGAAAAAGCCACCACUAGGAAGGGGCAAAAAACUAACAGCUUAUGUCGAGCUCCAAAGGAAAUGGGGACCUCUUACUAGUCAUUCCCGUCCCAAAGAAACGGUCCCUCAGAGGAGAAGUGUCUCAUAACUGGCGUGUUCAGCUCUCCUGGUCUCAAGACAGUUUGUACUGAAGGGAAGAUGGCACAGAAUUUGCAGACCCCAAGAGCUGCCCCUUAGACAUACGGAGGUCCACAUUGGCCUGGUCCCCACCUUCCACAAUUCCAUCCUAUCAGGCGGAGAGGUCCAGGAUGUGUUUCAGGAGGAGGGGUUGGCGUGUCAAACAGCCCGGCUCUCUCCAGAUCCCAGGUUUUAGCAGCCAUCUUGCCACAUGUCCGGAAACAUCUUCGGAAGCCGUGCUCACGGGAGGUCCUCUGUGCUUCUGCCUCACUUACCUUACUAUGCCCAUGGGUCAACCACAGGCGCUACCUCAUGUGUCUGCUGAGAAGUUUACCGGGGUGGGGGUGGGGAAUAAAGGUGUCCAAAAUCUGCUGGAGCUAAAUGCAUAAUCUAUGCAAAUUCUGUCUUUCUCUUUCUUUCUCUCUCGCUCUCUCAGAAGUAUUAUUUUUUUUACCUGGCAAACAAGAUACUGUACAGACCCCUCUUAAGACUGAGGAGGGCUUUCACGUGCCACCUGUGUCUGCCCCUCACGUUGUCAUUGGUUCUGUCCUUGCCAAGCCCCAGGCAGCGAAAAAGCAGCCCCCUGUCCCCCUCCCCUUGGCUGGGAACACUCCAGCCGCCUCUGCCUACACAGCCCACAGGAAAGCAGGUUCUGCACCUUGCCACC